AUGGCGUAUAGAAAGCGUGACCACUGCUUUGUCGGCUGGGUUAGGGAACCACCGAUUCGAAUCCAGCACGUCGACAGAUCUGAUCGAAGCAAACCGACUAACCCUAAUUGGUCGUAUAACGAAUCCGGAGAUCCAGAAAACAAAAGCGCUUGUGGCUUUGAUGCAGCACACAACUAUAUGGCCUACGAAACACGAAGUCAUUGGAAGAGAUCUCGGGAAUGA